AACACCUUCAAAAUGUCAGGAUAUCUCCUUGUAGCGCUCGCCUGUAUUUAUGCUCCCAUCCUUCUGGCAAGUGAUGGCCCAGGACCAGAAAUCCUUGCAUUUUCCAGCUUUGCAGUCCAACAAGAUCAUGAUCACUGGGCUAAUAGUACCAACUUGAUUUGCGAGUCAAGUGAUUCUCCCUUCUUACCUCCCUCAUCAGAAGAUUUGAUAUACAAGUUUGAUCAAGUUGACUUAAAAUCAACGCCACAACCAUUCCGAGAUGGGUUCUUCAAAUCGACCUGUUUUGUGAAUCCGAUUGACAAUGACCCAGCCGAUUUCUGUAUCUUUGUCAACCCGACCGUCAACCGUGGACAAGGAAUUGUAAUUCUCGCUCCUGAAAAAGAAUUCGAACAAAGCCUAGCAGAGGGCCUUGAGCUUUCGGAUGAUUUGCCGGAUCUGGAUACCAUAGAAGUGGUCGACAUGCCUGAAAAAGGCGGCAAAGGAGCAGUGGCUGCCCGCAACAUUCAAGUCGGAGAAGAUGUUGCUCUGAUGCGCCCAGUUGCUCUCGUUCCUCUUGGCCAUGCGGUUUGGUCGACUAGCUUUGGUCAAAGCGUUCGCCGGCAAACCAUCGACCAUUUACCACUUCGCACAAGAGCCGAAGUUGCUCGUCUGCACGGCGAAGGCAAAAAUGAAGACCAGUUUAUCUCAAAUUUGAUUGAUGUCAAUACGUUCAACAGCGAAAUUUCAAAGUUCAAUCCUCUUGGGGCCGUCAUGGUGGACGCUUCUCGAUUGAACCAUGCCUGCCGACCUAACGUGGUUUACACCUUGGAUUCCCGUACACAGACUUUAAGAAUGAGGGCUUUCAAGCCGAUUGCCAAGGGCGAGGAGCUAACCAUAAGCUAUCGCUCCUUAGAAAUGACCGGAAAAACUCGGCGAGAAAGCUUGAAGGAUGACUAUGGGUUUGAUUGCACUUGCUCACAUUGCCAAAUGAGCUCCGACCUUCAAGAGAAGUCAGAUGAACGGGUUUUGCGGAUAUUGGAGCUUAGAUACAAAGCCUACUCGCACUCCGAUGAUGACCGCUUUUCGGCUGAAGAGGUUCAGGAAUUCCUUAGCCUUUGCGAAACGGAAAAUAUUCCUUCCUGCUUGGUAACCGCUAAUUUGCUUGCUGCAGGAUUUUACAACUCGGAAGGCCAGUACCAGAAAGUGAAAGAGCAUGCUGAAGCGGCGGGGAAGAUUGGUAUCCUGACUUGGGGUUCAAGUUGGAAAGGUCUUGAACAGGUGGAGCUACUACUCCAUGCGCCUGAAAAGCACAAGUCACAUUAUAACAGAAGAUGAAAUCUUUUUGAUUAGAACGAAGGUAUCACUUUUUAUGAAAGGU